AAAUAAUUUUAUUGGGGUAUUUUUGACUAUAUUUCACUUUGUUAUUAAUAAGCUGAAAAAUCUGAUUCUAUAGGCUAAUUAGAAUCCUAUUAGAGAUGCAGACAGUCACGUGUACUGAAAGUAAACACCCCUACGUCAGCAAAUUAGGCAGAAAAUGUAACUAAAACUCUCUAUACAAUCGCAAUGCCGACAUUCCUGACUCCAGGACGGCAUGGGUACAGUGUGCGGUUCUCGCGCACCAGGCCUGACGCGCUCGCAGUCGCCACUAGUCAGUAUUACGGGCUUGCUGGUGGAGGAACACUGUUCUUUCUAGAACUAGCUCCUGAUGGUACUACCUUAUUGGAGUUACAGAAGUUGGAGUGGAGCGAUGGACUAUUUGAUGUGACAUGGUCGGGCACAUCAGACGGUGCGGCGGCAUGCGGCGCAGGCGAUGGCGCAGUGGUCGUAUGGCGCGUGGGCGUGUCCGCGCCGUUGCGCGUGUUCCGCGGACACAGCGGCGAGGUAUGCAGCGUGGACUGGCCUAGGGCGCAUCUGCUCAGCGCCAGCUGGGACACCACCGUGCGACUGUGGGACCCGGACCGCGAAGCGUGUCUCAGCACUUUCGCAGGUCACUCGCAGCUGGUCUACACGGCAGUAUUUUCCCCCCAUUCACCGGCUACGUUCGCAUCGGUAUCUGGCGACGGCCACCUCAAGCUGUGGUCGUGUACUGAGCCAUCCCGACCCGCGGCGGUCGUCAAAGCACACGAGGCUGAGGUGCUGUCGUGCGACUGGAGUCGCGCGGAGACGCACGCGCUGGCCACUGCUGGCUCGGACGGGCUGGUGCGCGGCUGGGACCUGCGCCGGCUCACGGCGCCCAUGUUCACGCUCAAGGGUUGCGAAUGCGCUGUUAGAAGAGUCCAAUUUUCGCCGCACGCGCCUUCUGUCAUCGCGGCAGUGUCUUAUGAUUUCACAACGAGGAUAUGGGACCUGAAGCGCGGCUGCGAGCCCCUGGAGACGAUCAGGCACCACUCAGAGUUCACAUACGGCCUGGACUGGAACGCGCUGCGGCCGCCGCAGAUCGCUGACUGUGGCUGGGACUCGCUGGUGCACGUAUUCACGCCAAGGUGCCUUGCCUGAGCAGGUUACAUAAAAACAGAUCUAGUGUCAAAAGGCUGUGUGAGAUGCAAAGCAGUGCCAAGCGUUACGCACUUGUGAGUGCCAAAACACGAAUUUUAUUACAUUGGUGCAUUGGUAUGAAACUGUACGGGAUACAAACAGGGAUUUUAUAACGUGGUAAUUGAUGUAAUAACAAUAUUUGAAGGGUCAGUGCAAGAAUUUGCAACUCCGCAUCGAGUUGUUCAAUACGCGCCCUCGUAAUACCCUAUUCUAAGGAAUAUGAGGUGCGCUUUUGGUUCGUACUGAAAUUCAUUAUAAAACAAUUAAAAGUGCAUCUUGAAGCGUUCACAUAAGAUUGAAAUAUGUAGUGAUCCGAGCACAUGUAAUGACAAAUUUGCAAGAUUACUAAGUUUGAUACAUUGACUAAAAAUUUGAUGUCAUUAAUACAAUGUUAAGAAUAACUUGUUUUUACCAAAAUGUGGGGCUUAAAGAUUCUUCCGCUUCUCCCUACCAUGUUUAACUAUCUAUGUGUAAAAUAAUUAGAUCUAUCUGUAGGCGGAUUUACACUUGGUCGACAGGUCGCAUUCGCUUGCCUGCCGAAGACUGCAACCUAUUCAGUGUAAACAUAAUUGACCACCGUAGUUCGCAGCCGAAAUCGACCGAGUCGACGAGGUGUAAACACUCGCGCCAUUCGAUUAAGCAAGUUUCAACGUGGCGGCUCCGUUCCACCACGAUAAUAAUAAUUAUAAAGACAUAUUGAAAAUUGUGUAAACUACGCAUUGAAUAUCAGUUGAAUUAUACUUUAAGCAAGAGACUGGAGUUAGGUAACAAGUUUACUUAUAGGUUACUGAUCUCCAGCCUGCCAUCCAUUACACUUUUUUUAAUGAACCUAACUGCACUAUAUAGUGAAUGAUACACGUGCUGAGGACCGGAGUAUAUCCGGAUACCCGAUCACGUUUCGAACUUGUAUUUACGAGUAUAAUGAUUUGAUUUCGGCGAAGGCGGCAAUCGACUCGGUGUAAAUAACGCGUCGACCGCGCCGCUUUCGUCAGCCGAAUUAGCUCGCCGAGAAGGUAGCAAUUUACUUGGUGUAAACAGCUAGUCGAAUGCGCACUCUUCAGCAACUUGAAGUAGUCUGCCGAAGGCGGCAGUCGAUCCUGUGUAAACAUGCCUUAUCGGUGACGAAGAGUUGAUAUUCUUAGAAACCGCGUCAAAAAUUUCAACGUAAAGGCGUUUGUGCAACUAUCUACAUAAUAUCGAUUAACACCAAUAUAAAAUAAUAUUGUAAUCACUCGGC